UGAACCAUCCCUUCCAUCCCUCUUUCAUCCAUUUUCCUGGUCUGCACCCCGGCUGGCCGUCGUCGCAGCCGUAUACCUUGUCUGUAUCUAUACCGACUGGCUGAAGACACCUUGACUGGUGUUUCUCUUACCUUAACUUGCCCUAGUGGCAACCUCAUUCCUUUCUUUCUCAAGACUUAGCGCAGGUGCGCUCUCUAAGCUUGGGAACAGGUUGUGGCGAGUUGCUGGGCUAGAAGACAGAAGAAAGUCUCAUCAUGCGUGUCAAGCAAGUCCUUUCUUUGCUGCCCCUGGCAAAAGUGCAACUUCUGUGGGAGAGAAUCUCGUUGAACAAGCUCACCCUCUUCUACUUCAUUUUCUCCGUGGUCCACUGCAUCGUUCAAAUUGUAUUCCAAGUCCAAGCCUUCACGAUCAAUGCGCAAGCCGAGGCCUUCCUGAAUAAUAUCAUCGCGCGCGGCAACGCCACUGGUCCCGGUUUUCCCGUCUUCAAUGGCGAGGAGCUUCGCUGGUGCAACACAGUACCAGAGAACUCUAGCACGGAGUCCUGCCAGCCGAUAUGGAAUGGCAGCUCAUCAAAGUCUUCAUCUCCCGCUUCCACGUCUCCCGCAUUGAACGCUGCUUCUAUGUCGACUUCUGUAACCUCGUCCACUGUGUCUUCAUCGACGGCUGUCUCUACGUCCGCAAGUGCCAGUGUCUCAAGUGCCGUGUCUCAAAAGUCAUCCACCGCAGUUUCUACUUCGUCCUCGUCCGCGAGCGGCUCGCCGUCGUUCCAGCGGGCAGCUGCUACAGCUGUUACUACCGUGAAGUCAGUUCCAAGCACGGUUACCGCUACCGUGACUGCCAUUGCAACGGCUGUGCCCAGUCCGUCACUUAAGUUUAAGGACGACGACGACGAUGACGAGGAGGAGGAUGACGAGGAGGAGGAGGAUGAAGAGCACGAACAUGAUCACCGCAAGCGUGAUCUGUUUGGUAUGGUCCAAAUCGCAGUCAACGGCAGCGUCACUGUCAACAUCAACGGCUUCGGGAACGACGACCGUGACGUUUCUCUGGAUCAGACAUGCUUGGUGUCGCUGAACUGGCCCGCCUUACAGCUUGCAGACACGAAGCGUGAAGAUGUGACGUUCAUUGCAUUCCAGGUCUGGGUACUCGGCAUGUCCCUUGUCGCGCUCCUCAAUGAAUCUAUCCCCCACAUCAUAGCUUCAUUGCUCACUCACGCUUUGGCGACGUCAUGGGCUGCGUUCGCAGUCAGCGACACGGGUGUUUUCCACAAGCAGUUCACCCACCUGACAUCAGACGGCCCUUGUCACCAGCCGUCCCUCCUCCCGGCCUACUGGAAGGCCCGGGGCGACGCUGAGAUCCCUGGUUUGGCGCUCAACGCGGCCGCCCUUUUGCUAUCGUCCUUUUUGUCGUGGAGGUUGAUCCGGCUGUUCGGCUGGCAGACAUUCAAGCGCGUCGGAGCGUCCUUCACCAUCAACAGGGUGUACAAGUUCGUCCUGAGCUUGACGAUCGUCAUCCAGCUUUCGCUGUUUUUCAUCGUCGCGUCUUUGGGUCUCUGGCUCGACCAACUCUGGAAUGGCCAGAUUGGCAUGAUGACGGAGCACGCUCUCCGACUGAAGUCCGUUGUCCUCGUCGUCUUCAUUCUGUUGUUCCCCUGGCUGGCGAUGGGCUGGUUCGCUGUUCGACGGGAGCUGAAGAUCUUCAUGCUCAUAUUCAUUGCUCUCUCCCUACUCUACGUUACGGGAUGGGCUGCCAUGUUUGUGUCGCGCACGUUCCGAUGGACCUUCCUGCAAUGGCGGUUCUUCAGCAUCAUCACCUCUGCGUCCGUCUUCUUGACUUUGAUGACGUUCGUCCUUGGUGUCAUCUGUCGCUUAAACUUUGGCAAGGGUUUGCCUCGCUACUUGAAUGCGCAGGAGCCCCUACCAGGUGACGACUUCGAGCCUGUAUCACCGGGUAGCGAGAAGAUGGACGAGGAGAAAGUACAGUUCCCCGACCACAGCGUCCCUGUUCCGACCUACUCCGCGGCAUUUGGCUCUGGUAAUGAGGUCCCUCCUCCCAGCCAGAUGUUUGCGCCUCGUCAGAUGGGGCCUCGGUUCACGCAAACCAGCAGUAACAUGACCUUCGGUGGACAUUCGAGUAUGACUACGGUGCAGCCUCCAUACAUUGCUCACGUCAGGAAGCCGUCCAACGCAUCAUCGACCUAUUAUUCAAACGGCACGACGUUGUCGCGACAUGACAGCCGCGGCAGUCAGAACAGCUACUCGAGCCAGUCUAGUGGACACGGGUCAGAUCGCACGAUAGGUGGAAAGCGGUGGGUUAUUGAGUAGAUGAUCGUACUCUCCCAAUGUAUUGUCCUUACAAUCUUUCGGCCACGGGCUGGUUGAUUCUUGCUGUAUUUUACCUCGCUUUCGUUACAAAUGUUAUAUAUGUCACGCACGAUGCAAGCAAUAAAUGCAAAUUCGGGGUAGAUGAAAUACAAAA